UUAAACAAAAAAUUUCACAUUCAACGAAAACGUUACAAAUUUUCGAAUAUUUUUGUUGAUAAAGAUUCCACAUGUUUGAAUCGGUCUCACAUGAAGAGAAGACCACCUACGAUAUUCUGUUAGUAUGUCUAAUAUAUUAUCUGCGAUUGUUGUUUCCUGACAUCAUGAUAUAUGGCUUUCAGUCUCAGUCAAAUAGAUAUCGAGUUGUCAUUUAUUUAUAAUUUAUUUGAUCUUCGGUUUGAUUCCAUUGACUUAAACAAAAUCAUAUACUUCCCCUUACCUCUUUUUAUGUUAGCUCGCUCCUCCUCUUUUGUCCUUAAUGAGGCUAUAACUCCAUUCUCUCAUCAUAGGUCUCUCUUUCUCUUAUCAUAGGUUGCCGGAGAUUUCUUAUAAUCUCAGCAGCUUAAUGUCGACCAGACUAAGUAUAUUCCUUGGCCUUAUUUUGUUCAUUGUCUCACCACUUUCCGGGGAUUGCAGAACUCUUUCCAAGAGACGUGAGUAUAACUCUUCAUCUCUUCAUGGGUUUAAUUCCCACUAUCCGAUGCAUUUCAGUUCUGUUUCUACUUCGACAAGCAACUAUUGCGGUUUAUCCUCCACUGAACAUGAUCCUGCCAAGGAUCACACAGGAGACACGGUGACGAUUAAUCAAGAAACAAAGAGAACAACACAUUCAGUUGUUGAUCUUAAAAUCCAAGACCUCACAAGAAUUCAGACGCUUCACGCACGGCUUCAGAAAUCGAAAAAUGAGAAGGUUAAGAAGAAGAUUACCUCAGAUAUUUCUUCGGUGGAAGCUCCAGAGGCUUCACCGGGGAAGCUGGUAGCAACUCUUCAGUCUGGUAUGACGCUAGGUUCUGGCGAAUAUUUCAUGGAUGUGCUUGUGGGCACACCACCAAAACACUUCUCAUUGAUUCUUGACACUGGGAGUGACUUAAACUGGCUCCAAUGCCUACCUUGCCACGACUGUUUCCAUCAAAAAGGUGCAUUUUAUGACCCCAAAACAUCCACUUCAUUCAAGAACAUAACAUGCAAUGACCCUAGAUGCGGCCUCAUCUCAUCACCCGAUCCUCCAGUACAGUGCGAAUCAGAUAGCCAAUCAUGCCCUUAUUUCUACUGGUAUGGAGACAGGUCAAACACAACUGGAGAUUUCGCGGUUGAGACCUUCACCAUUAAUCUCACAACCACUGAAGGAGAAAGCCUGGAGUACAAGUUGGAAAAUAUGAUGUUUGGAUGUGGCCAUUGGAACCGAGGCCUAUUCCGUGGUGCUUCAGGUCUGCUUGGGUUAGGAAGAGGACCUCUUUCGUUUUCUUCCCAACUUCAUUCUCUCUACGGUCAUUCAUUUUCCUAUUGUCUUGUCGAUAGAAGCAGCGACACCAAUGUAAGUAGCAAGUUGAUCUUUGGAGAAGACAAGGAUUUGCUAAGCCACCCAAAUCUGAAUUUCACUUCUUUUGUGAACGGGAAGGGGAAUUCUGUGGAGACAUUUUACUAUGUACAGAUCAAAUCCAUUCUAGUCGGUGGCGAAGCUCUUGAUGACAUACCUGAAGAAACAUGGAAUAUCUCAUCAGAUGGUGCUGGUGGAACCAUUAUUGAUUCGGGUACAACUUUAAGUUAUUUCGCACAACCUGCAUAUGAGAUCAUCAAAAACAAGUUUGCAGAGAAAAUAAAAGAGAAGUACCUGGUGAUUAGAGAUUUCCCUAUCCUUGAUCCUUGUUUCAAUGUGUCUGGCGUAGAGGAGAACAUCCAGCUACCUGAGCUCGGGAUUGCUUUCGCAGAUGGAGCAGUUUGGACUUUCCCCGUUGAAAACUCCUUCAUUAGGUUGAGUGAGGAUAUUGUUUGUUUGGCAAUACUAGGAACUCCGAAAUCAGCCUUUUCGAUCAUUGGAAACUACCAGCAACAAAAUUUCCAUAUGCUCUAUGAUACAAAGAGGUCUAGACUAGGGUACGCACCCACAGAGUGUGCCAAUAUAUAACCUCUACUAGAUU